CUCCUCCACUUUCCUGACCUCUCCUCUCCUUUCCUCUCCUCCUGUAAUACCUUUUUAAUGUCACAGUGGAGUGUUCACUGCUCCUCUUGACCUGCUCUCAGCUCAAUGAGCUCCAUCUGGAGAGGAGGGCUGGAGGUUAGGAAGCAUUCUUCAAACAGACAUAAGCCCAGUCUUGAGCACCCUUGAUGGGCUAAUCAGAUGUCGGAGAGGGCCCUAGGAGUGGUUCUAGACAUAAAAGAACCUGCCCAGCUCAGUACAGUAUAGUGCAGUGACCUUGGCCCUGUUCAAAUAGCUUCCUUUCUUCCUUCCUUCCUUGCCUCUUUCCCUCCUCAGUGAUUAUUUUUCAGAACUAUUAGGACAGGGCCCAAAGCUAUUUUGAUCGGAAGGCGAUACAGUAGGCUGGCCUUGUUCAGAGUAUUGUGUCAUUGAAGGACUAGACUAAAUCCUAGUCUCAUUGAGGGCUAUUCUUCACUGUGGCUGAGUGGCCAUUGUGCAUAGCUACCGCCUUUCUUCCUUCCGUAGGUAAUCGAGAGGCUAUCCUGUCACGAUGAUUAUACUAUUCAGAUGAUCUGAGUGAGUCUGCAGAGUCUGAGAUGAUGGGUGGGAGGGACUGAAGAGGAACUAAAGGGUCUAGAGUGGUGACAUGGCUUCCUUGUCAAUCCUCUCUACUUAUAAUAACACGGGAUAUGUACACAGCGCUUUUCAAGGACCCACGGUCGCUGUUCAAUUGCAGAAAUGGCAAGACAAGAAAUCAAAAAAAUCAAAACAGCAAAUCACCAGAAUAAACAGGAGGAGGAUGGAGUAGGGUUCACGGAAGGGAAAGGGUAUGAUAUGUCAGUGGAUGAGUGAGCGAGCAGGUGAUGUGCGCGCGUGUGUGUGUGUGUGUGAAGAUCUUUAGGUGGGACUGAAAGAAGGUGAUGGACUCACGGAUGACUGAAGGGAGGGAGUCCCAGAGCCUCGGCGCAACCCUGGAGAAGCUCUGGAGCUUGGACCUGGGAUGACAAGGUGGCCUGCCGUGGUAGAACAGAGGAGUCUAGGUGGUGGUGUCCAUGGGUCCCGUCAUGCCCCCCAGUAAGAAGCCUGAGGUGUCUGGCAUUAGUGUAGCCAGCGCCAGCAUGUCCCACCUCUACCAGACUGGCUCGCUGUCCCGCGCCCUGCAGGAGGCUGAGGAACUUGACCUGGUCCUCCCCGUCCACCUGGCCCUCCCUUUGGCACCCCUCCCCGGUGGGGCCGCCAAACCAGAGAAAGGCACUGCCACCCCGGGUAUGGAGGACGAGGAGUUGACCAACCUCAACUGGCUCCACGAGAGCAAGAACCUGCUCAACAGCUUCGGAGACCCCGUGCUGCGCAGCGUCAGCCCUGUGGGCGGUGAGGGGGGCGGUACCCGCAACGGGGACCCCGACGACACCCCGCCGUCGCCGUCGAUGGUGGGCGGGGACCUUCCAUACGACGCCCAGCGCAACCCCAACUGUAAGCCGCCCUAUUCAUUCAGCUGUCUGAUUUUCAUGGCGAUUGAGGACGCUCCGUCCAAGAGGCUGCCCGUGAAGGAGAUAUACAACUGGAUCCUGGAACACUUCCCCUACUUCGCUAACGCUCCCACAGGCUGGAAGAACUCUGUCAGGCACAACCUGUCACUCAAUAAGUGCUUCAAGAAGGUGGACAAGGACAGGAGCCAGAGCAUUGGGAAGGGGUCCUUGUGGUGUGUAGACCCUGAGUACAGGCAGAAUUUGAUUCAGGCGUUGAAGAAGACACCUUACCACCCUCACGCCCAGGUCUUCUCUACUCCCCCCACCUCUCCUCAGGCAUAUCAGAGCAUGUCCAGUCCUCCUAUAUGGCCAGGGAGUCCCUUCUUCCGAAAAAAUGGAGGGGUCCUCCUGCAAGUCCCUCAGGGAGUGAUCCGGAACGGAGCCAGGAUGAUGAGUCAGGGCCUUUACCCAGGAAUACGACCACUGCCCAUCAACCCCUUAGAGAGCAGGACAGCCGCAGUCAGGCACACAGACGAACACACUCAGUCAGAGCAGAGAGAGAGAGGAUCUGUCCUAUCCGGAGGCUAUCGGAAGCAUAGCAUCAGCCAUCCCGCCUGCGACUCCCCAUUGGUCAGCAGCGACCCCAAGGAGGACCACACUUACAGCACCAACCAAUCGGAUGACGGCAGCGACUACACUAGCGACUCCAGUCUCCGCAGCAACGGCCCCGUCGCCCGGGAUGUCGCCAACGAUUCAGACUUCGACGACGAGGAUGAUGAAGAUGACAAGAGCAAGAUUCAGCUGGAGAUCAAGAAGGAAGAGCCACGCGAUUGGCCCAUAGACACGAUAGACUCUGCCCUUUCCAGCCAGCAGCACAACAAGAAGCGGCAUCACUUCCUGAAAGCCAAGCAGCGGAUGGGUGUGGCUAGUGAUACGCUCCCGCUGAAAAAACGGCGCACGGAAAAGCCGCCGGAGAGCGAUGACGAGGAGAUGAAGGAGGCAGCGGGUUCGCUGCUCCACCUGGCGGGCGUCCGCGCCUGCUUGAACAAUAUCACUAACAGAACCGCCAAGGGCCAGAAAGAGCAGAAAGAACCCACGAAAAACUGACCCAUGCGACUUGAAAGAGAGACUUAGCUGAGAGAGUGAAGAUUUUCAAAGAAAAAAAAGGAGAGCGAGAGAGAACGGAAAUACAAAACAUCACUUUUAAUAUAGAAAUGUAUGCUUUCUUUUUUUCAGGAUAUCAGGUGAAUUCUGAAUGAUUUGUGGCAAUAUAAAAAAACAAUCACUUUGUUUUCCUGUAUUUAAAGUUACUGUUUAUAGGGUUGAUUUUCUUUUCUUUACAUUUUUCUUAAUUAUUUUUUAUUUGUUUAAAGGAGAUUAAAGCCAUAGAUGAACCUUUUUCUGAUAUUCAGCUAAGUUCGCAGGUUUCCGUUGGCUGAAAGUAAAGUGAGCGAGAGAAAAAAAGAAGCUUUUUGAAAAACUGCCCCAUCGUGGAUUGGCUUGGAUGUGUGAAUAGGAGAUCACCUUGUUAAUGUCAAAAUGUGCCCAAUCUGCAGCUAUUGCCCUUUACAGUCUCAUCAGAUGCAGCUAACACUAAGUACAUUUCUACAGGCUCAUAACUUGUUACUUCAGUAGAAUUUACAGGUAAAACGUUAUUAUGAGGUGCUUAUCACGGACUAUUUUGUUUUUACAGUGAUAUACAUCAUUCAAAUGAAAUAAAGUUAGUAUUCAGGGUCAGAUCUUAACCAUUGAUGUCUAUGGGCUGCAUAUUUCAGUUAGGAUGUGACCAUAUACAUAAACGUCACAAUAACCAAGCACAAAUCCACAUGCUAUACUGGCUAAAGCAAUGUUUAUAUUAGUUAACUAUUCCACUGAAGUAACACAGGUAUAUGCUGAGUGCCACAGAUAAACAUUGUUUGGCAAACUAUCCCCUGUGUUGGGUACAAAACUUUCAAAAACAAUGGCAUUCUAAUUUGCCUUGGAACUUCCGGUGCUAAAAAGGCGGCUAUAAAAAAAUAUAUAUAUGAAACCAAGUUUGCCAGCUCUGUCUUGUCUGUGUGCAAGGAAGCUGCCACAGAAAAAAUGUUCCAUGAAAUUCUGGGAAAUUGUUAGCUUUAGUGACUAUUAGCCUAGCCAACCCCAUAGAAGAGACACUCAUCAGUAGCGUAGCCAAGCUCAUAGAAGUAACACUAGGUAGUCAGUUUAUGUGUGUCAGUGUUGGGACAGUGCCAAAGAGAAACUCUUGGUCAGCCCAGUGAUGAUGGUAGCACUUCCUUAGCUAACUGUCCUUCUGACCGCUAAUCACAUUUAGCCACCAGCGCUAGCUAGCGUGCCAAUGCGGAGGGGACAGUUAUGUUUUCACCUUAAUGGUUGACUGUGGGACUGUAGUGGGAUGAAGGACUCUGGUACAAGUUAGAUGUAGGAAAGGCUUAGUUUUUUGACAGGGUGUUCUCUAAAUGUAAACUAAUUUAGUUCUCUAAAAGCCAUAAGCUAAUAGUCUAGCAAGCGCUUAUCGGAGAGGGAAAUAACUGACAAUAUGUCAAGAUAACCUCAAAACUGCCUGUGUCCUUUUAUGAAAGCAAUCAACGUGAAUCAUUGAGUUAUAAUCCAGUGACAUGAUGUAGUGAUAUUUUUCCUGUGGCACAAACACCUGAAUACCUUCAUUGGUUGAAAAGGAAAUGAUGCUAUGGAACCUGCCAAUUAUAUUUUGUGUGAGAAGAAUAAUGAUAUGACUGUGGAGUUGUUAAUUUUUUUUUUUUUUUUUUUUUUUUUUUUUUUGUGUGUGUUUACUUACCCACUCUCAUGACGUAAUAAAGCAAUUUCAUCCAGUCAGGAUAACACUGUAUAAAAAGUUAAACUAGAUUUUGAUUUUCUUUUGAAGCAAUGUAGCCAGCAGGAUUUUUCCAAAUCGUGUUGCAUGGGUUCUGUAAAGAAAAAGAGAAAAAACUGUUUUCUAUUCAGACAAAGUUCAUGUUAGGUAAAUAAUGUAUUUAGCAUGAAGCAUGAAUUAUUUUCAUAUAAGUAUCCUAGCGAACAAAAAGGUUCUGCCUCGAGGUUCUGCGCCCAUAGGUGUGGAAUCCUUCUCUGUUGUUUUGUCUUUUUCUUUUUGACUUGAUGAUUUGUUUCCUGUCGUCCUUACUCAUCUUUGUUUUAACAGUGGGCUUUGAAAAAAUACAGUAAUAACAUCUUGUUCAGGGACAAAAAGACGGUCUGUGGGGCAAAUCUCUUUCUGCAAUAUGAGGAUAACUCGCUCCACCCGUGGAUACAGGGCUAGAUAGCAACUCCCUUCAUCCAUAGUUGACAAAACCAGAAUGUCCCAGUGUUUGUAUGUAGUCGCUAGAUGGCCAUGCUAGAAAAGACAACAUUUUAAAAACUUCUUGGCAUGAAGAUCAGUUAUUUGUGGACUGAAAGCACCAAACUUUCAGCGUACCUCUGUCCUCUCCAGCAUGGCCGUAUAGUGACCACUGUGUCUGAUGGAUUCUCCCUGAUGGCUGAAUGUUGGAGCCCAUGUGAUAAAAGAGAGGUUAGGUAGUGAGUGUCAGUCUUCUGUUCCCCAUACCCCCCCCCUUCUCUGUGCCUGUUCUUCCAUCACCUCUUUAUUUUCUAAGGUUUUAGCCGUCUUUGAUAUUUCAGGGUCUUCCAUUUUUCAAUGACACACAAGUUUAACCGAGUAAGUGUUUUUAUGUUGCUGUUGUUUUGGGUUUAUUUUGUGUCCCUCGCUGUGUUUUUGCCAUUUCUACUCUAGCAACUCUUCAGGUCUUGUUGUCAGUAUUAUUAGGCAGGCUACCAUAGACUCGUUGCACAUGAAAGUAACACAAAGUAAAUGGCACAGUACGAUGGCAAGAUGAAUACAAACUCUAUAGUGCAUAUUUUCACAUUAUCUCGCCAGAUUGCACUAAGAUAUUAAAAUAAAGAUAUUGUCUAAGUUCAGUGCCAAAGCCUGUAAUAAUUCCUUAUCUACCUGAAAUAGAGGACACACAUAUUUGAUCUGUAUGUCAAGACAAAAAAUGACCAGUGAGCUGUAGCAUUUCUAUCAGAUACCCUUUCUGCGUUAUGUGCUACUGGUUUUUGUUGAAACUUACCACAUUACUUGGAAUUUUUUUGUGCUACCGAUCAUUGCUCAUUGGGAUGAUUUUCAUUUAUUAGUUGAAUAUAACACCCAAUAUCUCGUAGUGCACGACUCUUGACCAGAGCUAACCCAGAGCUAACUAACCCAAUGUGGCUCUGGUCAAAAGUAGAGCGCUAUAUUGGAAAUAAGGUAUCAUUUGAAGGAGCCCUUAUUUGCCCUGGAUUAAGAUGAGGUGAUGAGCUUCUGUCGACUAGACUGCUUUCGUGUGUCAAUCAAUGUAUCUUCAACUGAUAAAUAUGAUAUGAUUUAUUCCCAUUGUUUGUUACGUUAUCCUUUGAGGAAUACUGCCGUCCUUGGACGGUAACAGUCACUCGAUAACUCGUCCUCCAAUCACAAUCCUUCAGGUGCCACAAUGUCGGAGGAGGACGACGUGUUCUCAAAAUAUUGAAUAUGAAUUAUUAUUAAUGAACUGUCAAAAUUAGCCUGGCAAAUAAUGAUAUAUUGAUGAAUCAAAAAAAAGUGUUUAUUUGUUUCAUUGUGUUUUUUGUUGAUAUUUUGUUUGGUUUCUGUCUGUUCAACUGCCAUUUUUCAGUUUAUUGUUUUGGAGGGGUUUUCUGAGGAGGAGGAGAAGAAAGAGCAGUGGAUCGUCAGUUUCAAGUUAUUUGUAGUACACUUCACCUUGUAAUCAUGGAAACUGCAUGGUACCUUAUGGCAUUUAUGGCACAAAUUCCAAUAGAAUCGGCUACUAUUUGGUCUCGAAGGAUCCGUAGUUGUGCUAAUCGCUGAAACGACUGCCAGCAAUUUCGUUAUAACACUAUUAUUGGUAACAAAGAAACAAAAUACCAAGAAGUCACCAUGUAGUUUCUAUGUAAAUAACAGGCAGGUGGUGUUCUGUAAAAACAUGCUACCGAUCAUUUCUGUGUCCUGUUUUUGAACCAUGUAGUCUUGAUGGCAUGACCUUACAGCUGAUCUGUUAAUAUGGAGACCGACCUCCGGAGGUGCGCUCUGUAUUUCCUUGACGUGUAUUCACAUUGCCAAAGACCAACUAUUUCAUCAAUUCAUGUAAAUAUCACCUUGUCCAUUACUAUGACGAAAGUAUGUUUGUUUAAAAAAAAAAGGUUUUGUUUUUCCGAAGAAAACAAAAAGCUAACAUAAAGUUUCUGUGUUGUAUUGUCUUCCAGUUGCAAUAAAAGAAAACCGCAUUGCAAAAAGUUA